GCCCCCGGCUGGCCCCGCCCCCGCGCGCGCCGGCGGCGGGGCAGCCUCGCUCUGGCUCGCGCCGCGCCCCCGCGCCCAGUCCGCGCGUCAGUCGGUCCCUAGCGCGGCUGCGGGGUGAAGAGCUGCGGCCGGCCCAGCGCGCCCACCUGAGGAGGCGGCGGGGUCCGCAGGCGUCGCGGGAGGAGGAGAUCGGAGCCGGGAGACUCGCGCAGCGCCAUGGCCCCCAUUGGCCUCAAAGCUGUGGUCGGAGAGAAGAUUAUGCAUGAUGUGAUAAAGAAGGUCAAGAAGAAGGGGGAAUGGAAGGUGCUGGUGGUGGAUCAGUUAAGCAUGAGGAUGCUGUCCUCCUGCUGCAAGAUGACAGACAUCAUGACCGAGGGCAUAACGAUUGUGGAAGAUAUCAAUAAGCGCAGAGAGCCGCUCCCCAGCCUGGAGGCUGUGUAUCUCAUCACUCCAUCUGAGAAGUCCGUCCACUCUCUCAUCAGUGACUUUAAGGACCCGCCGACUGCUAAAUACCGGGCUGCACACGUCUUCUUCACUGACUCUUGUCCAGAUGCCCUGUUUAAUGAACUGGUAAAAUCUCGAGCAGCCAAAGUCAUCAAAACUCUGACGGAAAUCAAUAUUGCAUUUCUCCCGUAUGAAUCCCAGGUCUAUUCCUUGGACUCUGCUGACUCUUUCCAAAGCUUCUACAGUCCCCACAAGGCUCAGAUGAAGAAUCCUAUACUGGAGCGCCUGGCAGAGCAGAUCGCGACCCUGUGUGCCACCCUGAAGGAGUACCCGGCUGUGCGGUAUCGGGGGGAAUACAAGGACAAUGCCCUGCUGGCUCAGCUAAUCCAGGACAAGCUCGAUGCCUAUAAAGCUGAUGACCCAACAAUGGGGGAGGGUCCAGACAAGGCACGCUCCCAGCUCCUGAUCCUGGAUCGAGGCUUUGACCCCAGCUCCCCUGUGCUCCACGAAUUGACUUUUCAGGCUAUGAGUUAUGAUCUGCUGCCUAUCGAAAAUGAUGUAUACAAGUACGAGACCAGUGGCAUUGGGGAGGCACGGGUGAAGGAAGUGCUCCUGGACGAGGACGACGACCUGUGGAUAGCACUGCGCCACAAGCACAUCGCAGAGGUGUCCCAGGAAGUCACCCGGUCUCUGAAAGAUUUUUCUUCUAGCAAGAGAAUGAAUACUGGAGAGAAGACCACCAUGCGGGACCUGUCCCAGAUGCUGAAGAAGAUGCCUCAGUACCAGAAAGAACUCAGCAAGUACUCCACCCACCUGCACCUUGCUGAGGACUGUAUGAAGCAUUACCAAGGCACCGUAGACAAACUCUGCCGAGUGGAGCAGGACCUGGCCAUGGGCACAGAUGCUGAGGGAGAGAAGAUCAAGGACCCUAUGCGAGCCAUCGUCCCCAUUCUGCUGGACGCCAAUGUCAGCACUUACGACAAAAUCCGCAUCAUCCUUCUGUACAUCUUUUUAAAGAAUGGCAUCACAGAGGAAAACCUGAACAAACUGAUCCAGCAUGCCCAGAUACCCCCGGAGGAUAGUGAGAUCAUCACCAACAUGGCCCACCUCGGCGUGCCCAUCGUCACCGAUUCCACGCUGCGUCGCCGGAGCAAGCCAGAGCGGAAGGAGCGCAUCAGCGAGCAGACCUACCAGCUCUCACGGUGGACUCCGAUUAUCAAGGACAUCAUGGAGGACACUAUUGAGGACAAACUUGACACCAAACACUACCCUUAUAUCUCUACCCGUUCCUCUGCCUCCUUCAGUACCACCGCCGUCAGCGCCCGCUAUGGGCACUGGCAUAAGAACAAGGCCCCAGGCGAGUACCGCAGUGGCCCCCGCCUCAUCAUUUUCAUCCUUGGGGGUGUGAGCCUGAAUGAGAUGCGCUGCGCCUACGAGGUGACCCAGGCCAACGGAAAGUGGGAGGUGCUGAUAGGAUCCACGCACAUCCUCACCCCACAGAAACUGCUGGACACACUGAAGAAACUGAAUAAAACAGAUGAAGAAAUAAGCAGUUAAAAAAAAAGUCGCCCCUCCAAAACACGUCCCCAUCCCACAGCGCUCCGCAGCUUCCCACCACCGCCCGCCUCAGUUCCUUUGCGUCUGUUGCCUCCCCAGCCCUGCACGCCCUGGCUGGCACUGUUGCUGCUGCGUUCUCGUGUUCAGUGAUGCCCUCUUCUCGUUUGAAACAAAAGAAAAUAAUGCAUUGUGUUUUUUAAAAAGAGUAUCUUAUAUAUGUAUCCUAAAAAGAGAAGUUCACGUGCAAUUGGUGCACAGCAGGAGAAAUUUCUGGACUGUUAGGAUGAAUGGACGCCUUCUCCUCGUUAUUUAGGAUUUGUGACCUUGUACAUAACCCUGGGUGACAUGUGCACAUUGCUUGGGUAUGGAACGGUAGAAAUUUGGGUGUUUUUAAAACCUUGUUUGGGGUUGUUCCUGUCCUUGUUGAGAAUCACAGAGAUGUCUGUGUUCUUGGAGUAUUUCACACUGAGGACUAAUCUGUUAUCUUCAUUCCAGUCCCUACCCCUCAGUGCCUGCUCUCAUCCAAAUAACCUGGGAGGUGACAAUCGGGAUAUCUCAGGAGGUCCGAGGUGGAACAAACCUCUUUGCCUUUCCCAGAGUCUCAUACCCCCGGUAGUGCAGCUGUGGGUGGAGGCUGGGGUGUCUGCACGAAGCCAGGCCAGCGUCCUCCUCCACAGCCUGUCACUGCCCCCUCCCCAGCCUGUGUCCACAGUGCUGUGAUCCCGAGGGAAGUCCUCCAUUGUAAGUCACAGUGCCCUGACAGGUGAGAAGCAAACUCCCGCUGGAAGCCUCCAUUUCUUUGGAAAAACAGUUAGUCUGGAGCCUGUGGCCCAGGCCCUUCUGUCCCCAGGCAUCAUCCCAACAGCUCAUUUUCCCUAGUCAGCCUUCGUUCAAGGGUCAGGAAUGGACCAGAACAGAUGGGUUCUGGAGGCCCCUGAACAGAGGGCUAUGGCUGUGGAGAAGGUUCUUGGCCCGUUGGACUCACACAGACCCUGUACCCUCUCAGCAAGCAUCUUCAGUCAGAUUAUCCUCAGUUUCAGAUACUUCAUAAUACCUUGUGUCGUGUGGGGUCAUACAUCAUCGUGUUUGUAAGAGAAGAUGAUCAUUUUAUUCUCUGUAUAAAACUCAGCUCUAAAGCAGAAACUAAAGCAGCAAAUGCAGGAAGGCUGUCUCGCCAUCCUCAAGACUCAGCAGCUCUCAUUCUCCAGUGGUGAGCACACCAUUUGUGCUGCUGCUGUUGUGAAAUAUAAUAACAGUGGAAGUCACAAAAAUGUCCCCUGCCCAGCCCCCUCGCCGCCCUUGACCUCCUGCAGGCCAUGUGUGUAUUACUUGUCUAGUGAUGUCCUCUUAAAGUGCUGUACGCGAGCUCGGCGCCACCUCCGCCUCCCUUUCAGAGCCUGCUCCCUGCCCUCUCCGCUCGCUGCAUUGUGGUGUUCUCUUCUCAAAGCUUUGAAAUCUCCCCUUGCACUGAGAUUAGUCGUCGGAUCUCUCCCCGUCUCCCUCCCAACUUAUACGACCUGAUUUCCUUAGGACGGAACCGCAGGCACCUGCGCCGGGUGUCUUAUUCCCGCUGCUUGUUCUGUCCUCUCCCUCGGACCAAACAGUGCUCAUGCUUCAGGACCUUGUUUGUUGAAGAUGUUGGUUUCCCUUUCUCUGUUAUUUAUAUAAAAAUAAUUUAUCAAAAGGAUAUUUUAAAAAAGCUAGUCUGUCUUGAAACUUGUUUACCUUAAAAUUAUCAGAAUCUCAGUGUUUGAAAGUAUUGAAGCACAAACAUAUAUCAUCUCUGUACCAUUCUGUACUAAAGCACUUGAGUCUAAUAAAGAAAUCAGCACCCCUUCCCGGUGUC